GGCAAAAUAAUUUUCUCUCAUUAAAAAUUUAUGAGUCGGAGCCUUCUCGUCGGCGUUAGAGAGAAGAUCGGAUAAUAAAUAAUGUGGGAAUCGAUUUGCCUGACGCUUGCGGCCACCGCCGGUAACAAUAUCGGAAAAGUUCUUCAGAAGAAAGGCACUAUCAUCCUCCCUCCUCUCUCCCUCAAGCUCAAGGUGAUAAGAGCAUAUGCAGUUAAUAAACCAUGGGCGUUAGGGUUUCUCAUGGACAUUUUUGGGGCUUUGUUGAUGCUCAGGGCACUCUCUCUUGCCCCUGUGUCUGUUGUACAGCCAGUCUCGGGAUGUGGACUUGCUAUUCUUUCGGUAUUUUCGCAUUUUUAUCUGAAGGAAGUCAUGAAUGUGUUUGACUGGAUUGGGAUUACCAUGGCUGGCAUUGGCACCAUAGGAGUUGGUGCUGGUGGUGAGGAGCAAGUAGCAUCUUUGAUAUCUGUCUUUCAGUUGCUUUGGCUAGCACUUGUUGUUGCCUUCUUGUUUGUACUACUAAAUGCGUGGCUUCAUAUCUAUAAACGCCAGCGCAGGGAGCAGGAGCUGAUGGAAUAUGAAGUGGUGGAAGAAAUUAUAUAUGGCUUGGAAUCUGGGGUUUUAUUCGGGAUGGCAUCUGUAGUAUCAAAGAUGGGUUUUGUAUUCGUGGAGCAGGGGUUUUCUGCAAUGUUCAUUCCCAUGUGCAUUUCGAUUAGUAUAUGCUGUAGUGGGACAGGAUUUUUCUACCAGACUCGGGGGCUAAAACAUGGGAGAGCAAUAGUAGUAUCCACUUGCGCUGCUGUGGCAUCAAUUGUAACAGGUGUGGUUGCAGGAAUGUUUGCUCUUGGCGAGAAAUUGCCCACUUCACCCUCUGGACGGCUUUUACUUCUCCUGGGAUGGUUACUAAUCAUGCUAGGUGUUGUAUUACUUGUGACUUCAUCACGACUUAUCAGACAUCUUCCUCGGUCAUUCAGGCGUUCGAGACAAACCAGUUUAGAAAGAGGUUUCAGCAUAAGGCGGACAGCUUCUCACGUACAGAAAGACACAAACCCAAGUGCGGUUAUCCAAGCAGCAACAUUGCACCAUCUCUUAACAACCCCAUCAAAAGAGAAAGACUAAAGACUUGACCAACACCAAAGAGUAUUAUUACUAUGCGGAUUUGGCUUUACACAGUUUUUUUCUCCUGUGUUUGUGAACUAAGGGUGUCAGAUUUUCAAGGGGUUCAUCUCAUUGAUAUUCUUAGUUGUGGGAAUAGUUAAAAAGUCAAGACCUUUGGAUCAGUUUAUGAUCUUAUUUUUGGUAUCUGAAAUAUAAAAUGAGUUAAUGAUGUGGCUUUAAUUGUCCAAACUGUGAAUUUGGUUUUAUGUCAUAACGUUAUUGUUUUCUCUCCUUUUGUUCAUGUAAAAAGACCUUUGAUGAUUUGAAUGAUCUUUUGAGUUUUGGUGUCCAAGCUUGAAUAUUUU